AUGAUUUGCAAGGAAUUCUCCAUCAACGAGGAAGAAUUUGCACACGUUGUUAAUGGAUUUGAUGCGGAACGGAAGGUGAUCUUCCUUGAGACGUGUUACUCGAGUGGACUUACAAACAAAAUAAAGGACGCAGUUGUCCUCUGCACAUCGAAAAAAACGGAGAAAAGCUGGGUAGUCUGGAAUGGUGGGAAGGUAAGCAACGAGUUGUACAAAACAGACAAGGAGUUCUACACGAGAAGUAUAGAUUUUGCAAGAAAGGAAAUUAAAACGAAUCCCAUUCUCUCGAAUUUGGAAAUAUACACUACAGAUCAAGUGAUGUUCUUCUUGGAGUAA